ACAAAGGAGAUUGGAAUGCCUGGCUUAACAGUGGCAGUGUGGUGACAUCCUCUCAUUCAUCCUCUCUGUACACGGAGCUUAUUUUUCUGCAUUUAAGAUGGCAUGGUAACUGAGGGCAAAGUCUAGUAUAUUUUCACCUUUGGAUACUAUUUUACAAGUUAUAUAUGCAUAUUAUUUACAGAAGGAGUUGAGCCAAAUGACUAACAACGACUAUGAAAACAUCACAUUUGCAUACUCAGCCAUAUCAUAUGGUGCGGAUUUUGAUAUCUGUCUUCAUGAGGAGAACAAGAUAUUUGACCAAAUUUUUUUGCCAACCUUCUAUAGCAUAUUGUUUAUAGCCGGAAUGCUGGGGAAUGGACUGGUCAUGUUAGUGAUGCUGACAAAUAGGCAGAAGAUGCAGAGCACGGAUGUGUUUAUUGUUCAUCUGGCACUGGCAGAUAUGCUCUUGGUUUCUACUUUACCAUUUUGGGCUGCACAAGCAACUUUUGGCUGGGUCUUUGGAGAGGGCCUAUGUAAAAUAGUUGCAUCCGUUUUCAAGAUCAACUUCUAUGCAGGUACUUUCCUCCUUGUCUGUAUUAGUAUUGACCGCUAUCUCUCUAUCGUGUAUGCUGUCCAGGUCUACAAUAAACACAAGAAGAACCACGUUCACUGGAGUUGCCUCACUGUAUGGUGUCUGUGUAUUAUUAUGUGUAUCCCUGAUGCUAUAUAUUAUUCUGUGUCAUUCGAAUCUCGCAUCAACAUGACUACAUGUGAACCAUUCUACCCUGAGAACCAUUCCAAGUCCUGGAAAGUGGCAACAACAUUUUUAUUCCAAAUCCUUGUCUUCUUGUUGCCUCUAAUCGGCAUGCUGUUCUGCUACACACAUAUUAUAAUAAGACUGCUAAGAUCUCAAAAGUUUAAGAAGGAGAGGGCAAUAAGGCUUAUAAUAGCAGUUGUGGUAGCUUUCUUCUUAUGUUGGACUCCAUAUAACAUUGUAGCUUUUUUAGACAUGUUCACUUUGCUGGAUAUAAUUAAUGAUUGCACUACCACAAAUAAUCUUGAUUUUGCAUUAUCCAUCACAUCCUGCAUUUGUUACUUGCAUUGCUGUCUCAAUCCUAUUCUUUAUGCUUUCAUUGGAGCAAAAUUUAAGAACAACAUGUUCAACCUGAUCAGUAAAACAAGACUAUGUCCACAAAUUGUGGCCAAGCAUCUCAUCAGAAGGCAAACCAGUACAAAAUCGUCCACUUGGUCUUCAUCUGGAGAUACAACCAUGUCUGGGAUUUACUAGGGACUGCAUUUAUGGUGGCCUCCAAAGUCUGGUUUUGAGCUUAUCAAAAGACAAAAAAUUGUUCCAAAACAGCGAAACUAAUUAAAAACAGAGAGGGACAUUGUCCAACCAUCUAUUCUUUCUGGACUUCAUGUCAACACAAUCUCACUCCUUUCUUGGUCACUGAAGUUGAAUAAAUUUGGGUCAAUAUUGUGCUCUUCAGAUAUAUAGUGCUCUUCGUCUGGAGAUACAACCAUGUCUGGGAUUUACUAAGGACUGCAUUUAUGGUGGCCUCCAAAGUCUGGUUUUGAGCUUAUCAAAAGACAAAAAAAUAAUUUCAAAACCGUUAAACUAAUUAAAACAGAUAAGACCAUAGUCCAACCAUCUAUUCUUUCUGAACUUGAUGUCAAUACAAUCUCACUGCUUUCUUGGUCACUGAAGUUGAAUAACCUUGGUCAAUAUAGUGCUCUUCAGAUAUAGACACAAAGAAAUACAAUUGGGCACUGGCUUCAACCACCAAAGGCUUCAACAAUACGCAGCAUGUACACAAAGAGGCAGUUUAAAACCGAAAUUGCAUAAGGUAUUAAUUAUUGUUUGCUAACAAGUCAGUUCCUAUAGAGAAGUGAGUCCAGUGUAGGUUCUUCACACAACGUAGCAUAGAGAACCAACAAAAGCUUUGACCCUUCUCUCCAGCCUCCCCCUAGCAGCUUCAUUAUUUGCCUAUAUAAUAAGUAUGCAACAUAGUAUUAUAUAAAAAGCCUAUUCUAGUCAUUUUUCAACAAAUGGUAUUCAUAAAUUUGAUUAUUCCAAGUUGAUUACUAAAAUAAAAAAAAUAAAAAAUUUGCAGUUCUUGAAUAGUAAUGAUUCCUAUUGCGGAGAUCCAGCUGGGAACUUUAAGUGUAAUGCCCCCUGAGAAAAAAAACUGUAUGUAAAAUAACUCUCUUCAAGAUAGAAGAAAGCUGUCCUUCUAAUGCUACUUAUGAGUGGCUAUCCUAUAAGUCAAUAUCAAACCCUUUAUGAGCUUUACUACUCAACUCAUUGAUAAACCAGUCAUGUUUCAAUAUUCUAUAAAAAAAAAAAAUAUAUUAAUUGACUUGCUGAAUAGCCAUCUAUAGGUGGCACUAGAUGUUUCUUCUGGAUCAAAGCUAAAUUGAAAAACUGACAGAAAGAGUUAAUUUUAUGUCAAUAAAGCUUUCAUCACAACAGAAUGUAUACAGUAUUUAUAUGUAUAGUUUGUUCAUAAUUUACAUUAUAUCUGUUGUACGGUAUUUCUAUAAUUAUAGGUUAUUGUAUAUAGAUUUUAUUUACUAAGAGGAUCUAUGAGCUGAAAUGUUGUACGCUGCUUUUUCCUGGCAAAAGCCACGUUAGAGACCACUUUAAUUUCAAUUAUAACUUCACAUCAAAAGAACCAUAAGAACAUAAUAGCCAGCCUACUAUAAUAACUGGGGAAGAUUUACUAAUCCUGUAGUAGAUGGCGUAAAUGUGAACAUGCUGUCUAGACAUUCACCAGAUUUAUUGCAGGGGCUCAGAUUGGAUGAUGAAUUUGGAUCAUGGCUAGAUACUUUUAUCUAUACUUCAUUGUGACAGAAUUUUAUGCCAGAAGUGUGGUGCAAUUUUGGUGCAAAAGUUGCAUAUUAGACCACACCCUUGAUACAAAACUAUUCCUAUUUCCACCAAGCCACACCUCCAAACUUAGAUGAGCCAAAUUGUACCACAUUUUAGUGUAAUUUACACCUAAAUCCAGAUACAUUUACAAUAGUAAUUGUUGGCCACCGUGUAUAAAAGUGAUGUGUAUACUGCUUACCUCUGAGAAUCCUACCUUGUAGUAGUAAUUCCCUCUUGGCUGUUUGGUGAUCCUAUCCAGCUGAAAGAAGUGGAGUUGCACAUCACUGGCUCUGCUAUCUUCAUAACUCCCAUAGAAUUCAGUGGAGAGGGCUACUCUUAUGCAUGGGCUCCUCUCCUACAGUAAAUGUGGCAGCUAUAUAUAAAGGAUCAGGUAGUCUGAGUUGCAGAGGUGUGAUAGGGACCAGUAUCAAUGUUUUGUUUUUUUGCCUAGGGGCCCUUACCAGCUUUAUUAUGGCCCUGAUAAUUGGUGUCUUGACUUUUUAUUUUUCUCUUACAUUCUGUGAAACACAACUUUUGAUAUUUUUCUGUCUACACAGCCAUACAUCUAUAUUUUAAGCCUUUGUUUUUGCAGUACCAUUUGCUUUUUAAGCAUCUUAUUAUAGUACAUAUACAGUAAGUUAGUGUUUGAGUAAUAUACAUUUUUAUCAGUGAUGGAAUAUAUAGAAACCAAAAUAAGCUCUUUUUUCAAUACCAUUUACUGUAAAAAAUAAAAAACAUGACUUUAUAAUAAUAGUCAUGAAGAUACCAAAUAUAUGCAACAUUGUUUUAUUAUUUGGAUGUAAUAACCUAACGUAAUAAAAA